AGCAAACCCACUCAUGAGAAGGGGAAGAUGACUCCCCGGUCCAACCUGUGCCUCUUUCUCGCCAACCAAGGCUCGAGACCACCAACCUUUGUAGGGGCGCCCCUUGCCUGAGGUUGUGUUAAGAGCACAGCUUCAGGUGCUUUUUGCAAGCAGCAAACAUGGCGGCCAACAUCAGCAAGAAGAGAAAGUUCGUGGCGGAUGGAGUGUUUUACGCGGAGCUGAACGAGAUGCUUACGCGCGAGCUGGCAGAGGAUGGGUACUCGGGCGUGGAGGUCCGUGUCACCCCCAUGCGCACGGAGAUCAUCAUCAGGGCCACUCGCACACAGAACGUCCUAGGUGAGAAGGGCCGGCGCAUCCGUGAGCUGACCUCGGUCGUGCAGAAGCGGUUCAACUUCCCCGAGAACACGGUGGAGCUGUACGCGGAGAAGGUGGCCAACCGGGGGCUGUGCGCCAUUGCCCAGGCGGAGUCCCUGCGGUACAAGCUGCUGGGAGGGCUCGCCGUCAGGAGGGCCUGCUACGGUGUGCUGCGCUUCAUCAUGGAGAGCGGGGCCAAGGGCUGCGAGGUUAUUGUCAGCGGCAAGCUUAGAGCACAGCGUGCCAAGGCCAUGAAGUUCAAGGACGGGUACAUGAUCUCUUCCGGAAGCCCAGUAAACGACUACAUCGACGCUGCUGUGCGGCACGUGCUGUUGAGGCAGGGCGUCUUGGGUAUCAAGGUCAAGAUCAUGCUCGACUGGGAUCCCAAGGGCAAGCAAGGGCCGUCCAAGCCGCUGCCUGAUGUGGUCACUGUCCAUAAGCCGAAGGAGGAGGAGGAGUUUGCGUCAAAGCCUUUCAUCGGAAAGGAGGUUGAUGCUGGCAUGGUUGCGUAAAUAGUGGCACUUGAGACAAGGUCGAUGCUGGCAGUUCCUUUGAAAAUGCACAGCCUCAACAUAUCCGGCUUGGUUCUUACUGCAUCAGCUAUUCAAGUACACAACAUGCAUGUCAGCCCGGCCCCCAUCAGACAUAUCUAUUGGUGAUUGGAUAGCAUGUUGCUUACUUAGAGACGCAUGGGGGCUGCUAGUUGGAAUCCAAGUGGAUAGGCGAUCUGAUUACCUACGUAACUAGGUGCGAAUACCUAUCAAAGAGAUUAUUUACACAUUUAUUGUCCCAGAUCGACCUGGGCCAAUGAUUAGCGAUCGUUUCCGGUACAUCCGUAGAUCACACAAGGUUGAGAAUACGUACCGGUAAACGAUUUGCAUGAUUCUUGCAAGCAGCGAAGCCAACAAUCGAGGCACCUAGCUUUAAUACCGAACAUACAGUGAGACGCA